AUGAGUGGAAAGCAGCCUCAGGAGCCUGCAGCUGCAGGCUUCUCGGGGGGCCUCGGGGCCCCCGCUGUGGCGGCGUCGGGGCCCCCUAGUGAUUUCGAGGUCUCUGCUGAAGUGCGAAAGUGUCUCGCCUCUUUCCGGCACUUAAAGGAGCUGCUGCUGUCGACCUCCACUAGUCCUGCGCUGCUGCAGCAGCUGCUGCAGCAGCCAGCGCUGCAGCAACGCAUCGUCGCGCUGCGGUCUUCGUUCCUGUCCACUGUAGACAGAGCCUUACCCCCGUCCGUUUCUGCUGCUACGUGCAACGCCAUACAACACCUGCAGCAGCAAUGGGCUGAGGCGGUUCGCGCACCUGGUUCUGGAGGAGCGACGCCGUCCCAAGGCAGCAGUGGAAGCAGCAGCAGCGGUAGUAGCAGCAGCAGCAGCAGCAGCUGUAGUAGCAGCAGCAGCAGCAGCAGCGGCAGCAGCAGCAGCGCUUCAUGCUCGUGCUGCUCGGUGCCUUCUGAAGCAGUGUUGUAUGAGCUCCUGUCGGCGUACGUGCUGCGGCACCACAGCGGGCAGCAACAGCUGCUGCUGCCGGCCUUUGAGGCCUCGCAGCUAAGAGAAACUGUCAAUCCCCGGAACCCCCAAGUUCUCAGGGAGCUCCGCGAUGUUCUGCAGGACGAGCAGCUGUGCAUGUUUUGGUGCAUCAACUUCAUCUUCAUGCAAGCUGCUGGCAGCAGCAGCAGCAGCAACAGCAGCAGCAGCAGCAGUAGCAGUGGGAACCAAAAGGGAGCGUCGCUGCAGCAGGUCUGCAGAGGCUUUGCCAUCAUAUUGCUGCAGCAGCAUCAGCUGGAGGCGAAGCUGCUGCAGCUGUACACGCAGCUCAACGAGCAGCCGGACCCCUCCACCUGCCGUUUCAGGCAGCAGCCGCAGCAGGCCACGGGAAGCAGCAGCAAAGACAGCAGCAAACGAGCUGACGACGCUGUGGCCUUCGAAGUCCACGAGUUGCUGCAGCUAAGGGAGACGCUGCAGCUUCAGGAAGCUGUGGUGCUGUGCCUCGCGUCCGCUUGCCGUGCGGCUCGAGCCCUAGGCAUCAGCAGCAGCAGCAGCAGCAACAGCCUCAGCUGUUCCAGUGAGAGCCUAUAUAAGUACUGCUCCCUAGUGUAUGAAGAUCGACUUUGUGGGGCCCUAGCUGCCCGCAGCAGCGAGCGGCGGUCUCUGCUGCAGAGCCGCAGGCUGCUGCGGCAGGCGCAGCAGCUGGGAGGUUCUUGCGCUGUUGCUGCCUUAUGUGGCAUGCCGCUGCAGCAGAUAGUUGACAUUUUCUGCAGCAGCAGCAGCAGCAGCGGCGAAGCGGUCCGCAGCUUUGUGGAGGGGCCCCGCUUUGCUGCGCUGCACCGCGAUGUGAUGAGCAGCUGCCUGCAGGGCCUCCGGGAGGAGCUGCAGCAGCAGCUGCAGCGCAGCGGGGCCGCGGGAUCUGCAGCAGUUUCCCAGGGCGGAGAGGUUUAUUCAGACUUGCUCUACAGCUGCUACAUUGACCACCCCACAGCAGCGCCGCUGCUGCUGGCUGCCCACGCUGCUUGCCUGGCAGGGUACAAGAAGCUGCGCAGCAGCAGCGACAGCAGCAGCAGCAGCAGCAGCAGCCUCACGGAUGAAGAGAUCGACCUGUUUGUAGGGCAAGCAGCGGAGCUUGUGAUGCCUCUGUUGCCGCAUGCUUUGCAGCAGCAGUUGCUGCAGCAUGAGCUGCUGCAGCAGCAGAGGCAGCAGCAGCAGGACCCGCUGCAGCAGGACUUCGCUACACAGUUGCUGCUGCUUCUCGAUGCUUGUCUCACCGUCUUCCCCCUGAAAGAACUGCAGGGGCACGAGCUGUUUGUACACGCAGCAUGCGAGCUGUUGGCACUGCUGCCGAAGCAGCGGCAGCGCCUCUUCAGCCUGCUGCAGCAAGAGGGGCUGGUAGAGCAGCAGCAGCAGCAAGGCCGAGGCUGCAGCAGCGGCAUCCUGCGGUUGCUUCAGGCAUACGUUUCCCUGUUCCCUUACGGCUCACACCUCACCCUACAGCUCCUCACAGCCAUUCUUCCGCAGCCGCAGCCGCAGCAGCAGCAGCAAGGGGAAGAAGCAGACUCUGACAUAGUCGACGUUGGGCCCGCGCUGCAGUACUUACAGCUGCUGGCGCAGCCGCUGACCUCUUUGCUGCUGCCGCCCAUCGACGGCUUGGUCUUUACUUCCGGCACAAGUGAACAGCAGCAGCAGCAGCAGCAGAAGCAGCAGCAGCUUGAGUGUAACGACAGCCUCACGGUUGACACAGGAACGGCGUAUGUUGCAGCAGCCCCGAUUCCUAUUGAGCCUUGCAUGGCACUGCUGCUGCAGUUGGAUUCGCAGCAGAGCCAGCAGCAGCCGCAAGGGGGAUUUGAUGCUUCUGCAGCUAACGGAGGAGUCAUGCACUGGUCGUUCGUACCUUCAGGGAGCUCCGGCAAAGCAGUGCAGCUGCCGCUUUGGCGGUUCCUUCAAGUAGCAGCAGCGAAUGAGGCAGCUUUGCAGCAGCUGCUGCAGCAACAGAGGCAACAGCAAUACGAAGAAGAGAGCUUCAAGGUGCAGGAUGACCCGUUCACAACGCCUACCGCUCGGUCGCAGCAGCAGCAGCAGCAGCAGCAGCCGCAGCAGCAGCUGCAGCAGCAGCUGCAGCGGGGCUUCUGGUGCCUGCAGAUUGACGGGUGCCGGCUUGAGCCAGUCAGCCUGCGCUACCCAGUUUGCACCGACAACAGCAGCAGCAACAGCAGCACCUUUGCAAUUCAUUGGGCGCUGGCGCCGAGCAGCAAAGGCACCAGCACCAGGCGGCGCUUUUCGCUGCUAAAGGCUGCGUGGCUGCUGAUGGAUUUGGGGCUGCAGCACCAGGCCAGCGAUGCAUGCGGGGCCUUGCCUCCCUCAGCUUUUAAGGCGUUUGUUGCGGCCUGCGCGCUGUGGGCUCGCGUGGCUGCUUGGCCUGCUGCUGCUCGGGCAGCAGCAGAAGCGUUUAUAGCGAAUGAGGUGUAUGGAUACUCUCUAGAGGGUGCAGCAGCAGCAGCAGCUCGAGCUGCUGCUGCAAUGGGUGACACAUCAAGCAACGACGCAACAGAACCUGCGCCUUUCCUGCUGCUGCCGCGGCUCUACGCACUGACAUGCCUUGCUGCCACCCGCAGCCAGCUGCGGCUGCUGCUCCCCGAAGCCCUUAGUGCACUGCGGUCGUGUCUGCUGCCUUGCUAUGUUGUUGACGUUGACCGGUGCCUGCUCUUCCUGCAGCAGCAGCAGCAGCGGGUGCCUUGCAAGUGCUUGGUGGAGCUGCCCCUGCAACACCACGAACUGCUGCUGGCCCCAGAGUUACUGCAUUCUGGGUGGCAGCUGCUGCGGCUUUGCUGCGCCCCACCGCAGCCGCAGCAGGGCCAGCGCCGCUGCUUCCUGCCGCUGCAGCAGCUCCUUGAGGCCCUUGUUGCUGCGGCACAAGAGGAACGCCAGCUGCGCACUUAUAUAAUACUGCGGAGCACUCUCUUGUUCGCUCUGCAGUUGCUUCUUUCAGUGCCUCCUGCUGCGUGGACAAUCCCUUGGCAGCAGCAGGGCUUGCUGGCAGCAACAGCAGCAGCAGAGGGACUCGAGCAGCUGCAGCACAGCAAGCGCCGACGCUGCAGCAAGAGCGCCCCUGCAGAGUGCGGCUACGUUUCGGAGAGCGCCGCAUCUGCUGCUGCAAGAGUUGAUGCUUCCCUUGCUCACGUGUAUCUGCUGCCACAGCUGCAGCAGCAACAGCAGGACGCAACCGACGAGCAGCUGGAAGCAGCAGCGCAGCAGCAGGUCCGGGACUUCGCUGGCAUUUGCAACUUUGCCCUUUGCAGCGUCUUCGCCCGCAUGGGUUCUUGGGGCUUUUUGCAUUCGGAGGAGCGCUGCGACAUCGCGCAGCUUGUGCUGCUGGUGGUGCUGCAGCUGCUGCCGCUGCUGCACUGGGGGGCCCAGCCUCCCUCGGAAGCAGCAACAGAAAAUGCACAGAAACUCCAAAGCCAGAAACUUCUGGCGGCUGCCACAGGCAACGACGAGUUGUCUGUACACCUGAAAGGCGACGCUGCAUCCACCAGAAGUUGGAGUGACACAGUUUCUGUCCGCGCUGCUGCCGUGAGAGGCUCUCACCGGCAGCUAGAGUUGAUGGAGGCGUUGUUGACGUCCCUUGCUGCAGCAAAUCUUCCAGAGGGGAUCGCUGCUAUUCUUCGUUGCAACAUUGUUGCCAAGACAAGUGCGGGAUCUGUCCAGUCGGGGGUCCCGUGGGACAGCAACGCGAGCAGUCGCAGCAGCAGCAGCAGCAGCAGCAGCAGCAACAGCGAUAACAGUGGUGGAGCACAUGCUUUAGUGAGCUUCUCUUGCCCGGUCCUUCGCUUCUACGGGUCUAUGGACAUCAUCUCGUUUGCAGCUACUGCGCGUCUGUCUGCUGCUGCUGCUGCGCUGCUGGCUACUCCGCCGCUGCAGCAGCUGCCAGAGUUGUGCUCCUUCCCGGAACCUCCAGGAUUCUUCUCGAAGCAGCCGCGGCUGUUGCAGGGCCAUCAGCAGCAGCAGCAGCAGGUUUAUUGUGAGUUUCCUGCUUCCCUGCUUCCCGAUGCUGUCUUCCUAGAUCCGUACACUGCGGCAGGCCGCUGGUCAGGACAAUGGAGCUGUUCGCUGCUGCAGCAGCAACUACCUUUCACUGCAGCCGCUGCUGCAGCAGGAGGCGCAGCAGCUGCAGCGGCAGCAGCAGCCACCUCCGCUGCUGCAGCAGUGGCCCCUUGCAGGGAAAAGUCGCAGUGUGUCGUCCUUGGGGCGUUUGAGGCCCUGCACCACAUGCUGCUGGCUGCAUGCAGCCCCAGUUCCGCUUUACUCCUGCAACGCCUCGCUGCCGAGCUGCUGCGACUUUCGUUGCAGCAGCAGCAGCAGCAGCAACAGCCUGGCGGUCUGUUGUCACCCUCCGCAGGUGAUGGCCUCCCAGGGCACCAAGGGGACCUUCUGGCAUCGCAGCAGCAGCAGCACUUUUUCUCACUUUUUGCAUACAGCGGCGUCAACUCAUCGGACUGCAUCUUGAGCAGCAGCAACAGCAACGGCAGUGACCUUUGGGGGCCUGCGGAUCGGCUGCAGUCUGCUGCAACGUUUGCGCAGUCUGUCUUUGCCUUCAUAGACUCACGGGUUAAAGUAGCCGCCGUCUCUGUGCUCACGCUGUUGUGUCUACUGUGGAAGCAGCAGCAAACGCUGCUGCAGCAGCAGCGCCAGCAGCAACAGAAGCAGCUUCAUGCGCUUCUUCAAGGCUCUGGUUACCCAGGGGCGCAGAAAGAUAUGCCACAGCUAAAGCCGUGGGAAAGCAGCUGCUCAAGCAGCAGCAGCAGCACAGUCUUGUGUCUUGCUGCUGCUUUGUCAUUCGAGCCGGAUGACCUGCAGCUGCUGCUGCAAGACAAACAAAAGCAGCAGCAGUCUGAAGCAGGGGACACGAGCAGCAGCAGCAGCAGCAGCGACAGGCGAUGGAUUCGACGCCUGUACACCAACAAACUUGUGGCUCGGCUGCUGCGGCACUUGUAUGCGAAGGAGCAGCAACUGCUGGAAUAUAGGUUGCUGCUCCUGCAGCUGGUUCUGCUGGCUUUAGACAGCCAGCAGCAGCUUUUGUUGACUGGUGAGGAAUCUGCGUUUGCUGCAACCGUUCACUUCUCACAGCAGGUGCUGCUAGACGUGCUGCAGCAGCAGAAGAAUCAGCACCGAGAGCAGCAGCAGCAAGGCCUUGUUUUGGGCCAGCUGAAGGUCCUGCGUCUGGCACUUCUGCUUCUGCAGCAAAUAGCUUGCAUUUACAGACCCCGUGCAGCCCUGGAGCAACUGAGGCAGCAGAGCAGCGAUACGGGGCUCGACCCUUUGCGCAGCAGCAACAACAGCAACAGCACAGCAGCAACAGAUUCAGCAACCACAGCAGCGGAUUCACCUCGCGGCCCCGGUGGCUGGGUUUUGCUGCUGCAGAUAGGCCAAUUGCUUUUGCAGCAGUGGCAGCAAAUAUGUUGGGGCAGAGGCCGCUCGUGGCUUGCCGCUGCAGUGGAGCAGCUGAGGAGCAGCAGCAAGCAGCAGCAGCAGGUGAAUUACAACGGCAGUGGUCUCUGGCCCCAGGAGCUUGCGCAGCAGCAGCAACAGCACCAGCAGCAACAAGGUGCUUUGCCUCUGCGGCGCAUGCAGCCACUGGGUGCCGCAGCUGCAUGCGCCAGCAGGCUACUCUCUGCCGCUGCAGUUGACUUGCCGCUGUAUGCGCGCUGCGACGGCAGCAGUCCGAGCAGCAACAGCAGCCGCAGCAGCAUCAGCAGCAGUGCGGAAGAGCUACAGCACGAGGACGCAGAGGACGACGAUGCAUGCGCCCCGCUGCUUGCUGCUGUUGAAAUAUGCGGUGCGAUGCAGUCACUCUGCAGCAUUGCGCGAUCGCAGCUGCGUUUUCUGCCUGCUGCUAUUAGGAGAAGCAGCAGCAGCGACAAAGGCGGCAGCGCUGGCAGCCGCAGCAGCAGCAGCUACGCGGAUGCGGCUGAGUACGAACAAUUUUUUGUCUGCCUGGAAUUUCUAUCCUGCGACAGAGGGCUUUUCGAGGCGCUGCUGCCCCUACAGCCGCUGCAGCAGCAACAGGAGCUGCAGCAACAGCAACACCAGGAGCAGCUGCAACAGCAGCAGCUGCAGCAGCUUAACCCUGGAGUAGUGCCUCUGCAAAGCGCAACGGAGUGCUGGCAGAGGCUGCUGCAGACUGCUCCUGAGGAGUUCGUCGAGCUGCAGCUGCCUGCUGCAGGCUCCGUUGCUGGUGCAUUUAGCGCCGGCGCAUCUGGCAGCAGCAGCAGCAGCAGCAGCAGCAGCGGCAUCCGACCGGUUGUAACGUCUAACAUGAGGGAACAGCGGGGCUCAGAAGCAGAAGGCAGCGCGCUGCUGCCGCAAGAAUUAGAAAGAGCCUGCGUGUGUCUUGCAGGGAGGGGCCAGUACGGCGUAUCUUUUGGUUUGGAGGGGAGGCAGUUGCUGUUCCUGUCGCUGCACUGCAGCUUGCAGCAGCAGCGGCUACUAGGAAUGCGUCUGGGCGAGAUGUGCCUGGCCGUGGAGCAGCAGCAGCAGCAGCAGCAGUUGCAGCAAGUACUGCUGCAGCAGUGGGUCUGCAGACCCUGGCUGUUGUCAGGUGUAGCCCCCAGGGCCUCAGUUGGCGCAUCGUUAGCUGAGGCGCAGCAGCUGCUGCUGCAAGGGCUCACGAAGCUGUUUCUUGCAUGCAGAGACGUGGCAGUUUAUCCUCUGUACAUCCCCAAAACCUGCAGCAGCAGCAGCAGCAGCAGUGGCAGUGGAGACGUUAAGGGGCACCCUGGCCCUGAGAGGCCCCCUUUUGCUCCGCUGCUGCUGCCUCUGCUGUCUCUGCUUGCUGCAGUGCCCAGGCAGCGGCAGGACUUGCUGCAGCGGCGCGGCUUCUACGAGGCUGCUGCCUUUGCUGCAGAGCAGCUACUGUGCGCUAGUUGGUGUACAGACAUUCGCGCCAGUAAGAAACUGCCCCUGUCAAGCAGUAGCAGCAGCAGCAGCAACUCAGCGGAUACCAGCAACAGCGCCACAGCUUCGCAGCAGCAGCAGCAGGCUACUUCGGUUUCCCUGGAGCUGCUGCUUGGCCCGGGAGGAGUCACGUGCCUGCCUUCUACGGUCCAGGCGGCUCUGCUGCAGUCGCCGCAGCUGCAGCAUCCACCCGCAGCAGCAGCCCAACUGCAGCAGCCUAUUCCCGACGGCGCCUUUUCAAUUCCUAGCAGGGAUGUGCUGCAGUGCCUCUCUGGCUUGAGAGGCCUAAUGGACAAGCAGCAGCAGCAGCAACAACAGCAUCCAGGGAACUUACUGUGUGAUGCUCUCAAUGGUGUCCUUGCAGUAGUUGUUCUUUCACAGGAUGCGCUGCUUAGCUCGGAGACGCAGCAGCAGCUGCAGCUACAGCAGCAGCAGCUGCAGCUAGAGCAGCAAGGACCUGAUCUGAGACGGAUGCUGCCAAAGGAGUUACUUAGCCUCGCUGCCGCUGCAGUUGAUUUUUUCGUCGUAGCCUCAGGCGUCUGGACCCAUUUUGCACUGCAGCAGGAGCAGCAGCCGCAACAGCAAAUUCCGCAGCAGGGAGGACCGAGGAAAAAGCAGCAGCGCCAAGACAAGCAUGACAUAAUGUGGCAGCGGUGGCGCAGCACUUUAGCAGAACUCCUUUGCGGCGUGCUGCAGUGCGCCCGGCGCAGCAGAAGCCUGACAUCCCGUGCGGCGGCAGCAGCAGCAGCAGGCACCGCAGCAGCGGAGACGACAGGGGUGUCCUUUGGGGUGACAGAGAGCUACCUGGAAAGCAUUUCACAAGUGGAACAAUAUUUGAGUCCUGCGCUGCUGUCUGCUGCCAGCGCUCUGCUGCUACAUGCGCAAGCAGCAGCGCUGCUGCUGCAGCGGCACAAGUCAUUUAGUGCUGAAGGAGCGCAACUGGAUCAGCAGCAGCAAGCAACUGGGGCAGCACCGCAGAAACCAGCAAGUCUCGUGGCCCCCACUUCGCUUUCUCCAUCAGGCUCCACAACUUCAUCAGUAGCAGCGGUAGCAGCGGCACGUCCUCAAGUGCCGUUUGCUGCCUGGGAAGCAGCCCAGAAGCAAGUGUCUGCUGCAGUCUCAGCAGCACUGGCUUCGCUGCUGCAGCAGUGCGCUGCGGAGGUAUCUGCUCUACACCUGUACAACUGGCCUGACUGCAGCAGCGGCAGCAGAGUGGCAGCAGCAGCAGCUGCCGCUGCAUCUUCUGGGUCUGAAGCGCCUUUGUCUUUCUUGUUGCACAUGGGGGGAGACGCCACCGCUGCAGCAGCAGCAGCAGCUCAGGGCAACUUCGACGACUCGAAGCGCUGCCGCGCCAUUGGCGUCAAAUGCCUUUUUUUGUCUCAGCUGCUGACGAGCGGCUGCUGCCUGCCGUGGAGCGGCUUCGUGUAUGGAGAAGGGCCCGGCGAAGGAGGAGGGGGAGCAGCAGCAGCAGCAGCAGCGGCAGCAGCUCAAGGCAGGGUUGUUCCUGUUGCUGAGCUCCUCUUGCGGGAAGGCUUCUUCCAUCGUCUGCUGCUGCAGCAGCCUCUCGUCUCCCUUGUGUCCGUGGGAGAUGCCUCUGGGGGGAGCGCAGCACCACGGCCCAUUCGGUUUGCCUACGAUGUUGCCUGCGCAGCAGCAACAGCAGCAGCAGCAGAAGGAACUGUGGCAGCCACUCUUAUGCGGCGCUCGCCGGCGCAUCUAGCCUAUUGCCAGGUGCUUCAGCUGCUGCAGCAGGUGCUGGAACAUCUGCAGGAACCCCCUGAGCAGCCGCAGCAGCAGUCGCUGCAGCAGCAGCAGCACGCGCAGCAACAGAGCCAGCAGCAACGCAGCGUCUCGGAAGAAACCGUGCGGUCAGCCUUCGGGCUGCUGCGCCUGCUGCUGCCUCGCCUGCGCUACGUGUGCAGCAGCUCCCUUCAGGGGGCCCCCCUGGCCCUUGCUGAGGAAGCGCUGCUGUACGUGGGCAUCAUGCGUCGGCUUCCGGCGUGGCAGUUGACCCCUGUGGACUUGCGACACGUGGUGGGGGCGUGGCUGAUGGCAGGACGGCAGCUGCUGCAGCGCAGCAUGAGAGCUCUAGAGGGAGCACUGCUUGCCGGUGUGCAGCCCUUGCGGCCUUCGAGCUUGCUGGAGUGCUGCAGCUCCCAGCAGCAGCAGGGAGCUCUGGAGCUGCUGCUACAACAGCAAAAACAGAAUUGCUCCCGUUGCGCAGCACGCCAAAGCGCAGACAGCCUCGAGUGCAGAGCAUGCUGCAGCUGCUGCAGCAGAGUCAGCGGCGCUGCAGCAGCCAGUGGCCGCUCUGGGCUGCCUUCAGUUCUGCAGCAGCGUGGGCUGAUGCUGCUGUUGCAAAUCAUCAGCGGCUUCGUUUCAGCUGUACAGUCACUGCAGCUUGUACUGCCUGUCUCUCACCAGCUGCCGCCUCCGCCUUCUCUGCGGUUACCCCUGCAGUGCAGCAGCAGCACGACUGCUUCUGUUGCUCUUUCCGUUACUCCUGAGCUGUACUUGCAGCUACUAGGAUCAGAUACAGCGGGCAGCAUUGCUGCUGCACGUCGACUGCAGCAGCAACAGCAGCAGCAGGAGCAAAGCCCUUCACUGGUGCUGAACCCAGGCGGUGGGGGUGACAGCAGCGCAGCAGCAGGAGACAGCACGGAAGAAGGCAUCUACUACAACACACCCCCUGUGCCGAUUCGGCUGGGACUGCUGAGGGGGUCCCUGCUGCGCGCUGCGGGGUCACCGGGCGAUGGACGGGCCGCAGCAGCAGCAGCAGCAGCAACUGGAGGGCCCUUAGCGGAAGUGCAGGACGAUAGCUCCACUACUGAGCUUUCGUCAGAAUGGUUUGGUUGCCUGCUGCAGACGGUCACCAGCGCGGCGUCAGUGCUGCAGCGAGCCCGCGACUUAGGGCCACAGUUGGAGAGAAGGGUUUGCUGCGUGCUAACUGCAACAGGGCAGCGGCUGCUGCCCCUGUCUUUAAUGCUGCAGCCUGAGGGGCGGCCAAUUCAGCUGCAGGAGGAAGCGCCGCCGCAGCCGGAACUCACCCCCAGGAGAAGCAGCGUCGCCUGUGCGGCCUCUUCCGCCGUCUCCGUGGCCGGCCUUUCCUUCUCCCAAGGCGCAGCAACCAACGUGUUUCUGCGGCAACGGGGAAUGAGCCCCUCGCUGCGGCGAGGAUCUCAAGCAGCAGCUGCAUUGUACGGUAGGCUGCGGGUGAGGCAGGCCCCGUGCUGCUGCUGCUGUUGCAGCAGCAGCCAAGCGAAGGCUGCAGAUGGUGCUGCAGCUGCUGCUGCAGCAGGAGUAACGGCGCCGUCCUUCGUCGGGGGGACAAGUGGCCCCAGCUUCGCCGCUGCUGCAGAAGAAGAUGGCAACUGCUGGAGCUGCGACAGAGAGCUGGAUGGCCUGCUGCCUCCUCUCGUCACUUUCGAUGGGCUGCAGCAAAUGAUAGAUACGACACUGCAGCGCGCAGCAGCUCUGGGAGCGUCCGUGCUAAACAGCCUUGUUGCAGGGAACGUGUUGCUACACCACGAAGAGACGUCGCGGCAGUUUGUAUCGCUGCUGACUCGCCUUGCUCGGCAACAGCGACAGCAGCAGAACCGGCAGCAACUGCAACAGCAGCAACGCAAGAACACGCUUAGCAGCAGCGGCCCGUUGUCCGUGGUGCUGCAGCAGUCGCCCAGCAGAGGAGGCAGCGUCAUCGGAGGAGUCGCCGGAGACUGCACCCCGCACGCUUCGCAGCAACAGCAGCAACAGCAGCAGCAGCAGCAGGAGCGGCGGCGGUCUAGCCUGGGGGCUGCAUCAACAGCAGCAACAGCAGCAGUGGAAAGCGACAGCAGCAGCAUCGCCUUCUUUACGGCUCUACUGGACUUCAGCCGCCGGCGAUUGGCUGCCCACGAGAGGAUUGCCCAGAGACUGGGGCCCUACACCCCUCUCCAAUUGGCUGUCCUGAACUCGAAGACUUGA